GAGAACCCAUAUCUGUGCAGUGAUGAGUGCGACGCCUCAAACAGAGACCUGGCCCACCCUCCAGAGCUGAUGCAGGACCGUGAACAUAACGGCUUGAUCACCUACUGGCAGACAGUUACAUGGAGACGCCACCCCGAGCCCCUGUUGGCCAACAUCACCAUGUCUUGGAACAAGAGCCUGGAGCUCACCGACGACGUCCUCAUCACCUUUGAGUACGGUCGGCCUACAAUCAUGAUACUGGAUAAAUCCAUGGACCACGGACGCUCCUGGCAGCCGUACCAGUUCUAUGCUGACGACUGUCUGGACGCAUUUAACAUGGCCCCCAAGCGUGUGCGUGACCUUUCACCCGCCAAUAUCACAAAGGUCCUCUGCACUGAGCAGUACUCUCGAUGGGUCGGUUCCAAGAAUGACAAGAAUGUUAAGUUCGAGGUCCGAGCCCGUUUCGCCGUGUUUGCCGGGCCGCGGCUGCAGAACAUGGACAGCCUGUACACACGGAUGGAAAGUAUGAAGGGAUUGAAGGACUUCUUCACCUUCACCAACCUGAGGUUGAGGCUCCUCAGGCCUGCCCUCGGAGGCACCUACGUCCAGAGGGACAACCUGCUCAAGUACUUCUAUGCCAUCUCCAACAUCGAUGUA